AUGAAGUUGGAAGGAGAGAAGCUGGAGAGCUCCGACUGCAGCGAGGGUCCAAAGGGGAAAAUGACACUUUUGCUUGCGCUGGUAGCCCUGAUCUCCGCACUGGGAUCUUCUUUCCAGUACGGCUACAACGUGUCCGUGAUCAACUCCCCAGCCCCGUACAUGCAAGAUUUUUACAACCAAACCUACUUCAACAGGAGCGGAACACCUAUGGACAGUGGCUUCCAGACGUUGCUGUGGUCUCUUACUGUGUCCAUGUACCCUCUGGGUGGCUUUUUUGGGUCCCUCAUGGUGUGGCCCCUGGUCAACAAUUGUGGCCGAAAGGGUACUUUGCUGAUAAACAACCUCUUCUCCAUUACUGCCGCAGUCCUUAUGGGAACCUCAGAGCUGACAAAAAGCUUUGAAGUAAUCAUCCUUUCACGUGUUAUCAUGGGAAUAUAUGCUGGUCUGUCCUCCAAUGUGGUUCCCAUGUUCCUUGGAGAAAUGUCACCCAAAAAUCUGAGAGGUGCUAUUGGGGUAGUGCCCCAGCUCUUCAUCACCAUUGGGAUCCUUGUAGCUCAGAUCCUUGGUCUCAACAGCGUCCUCGGGAAUGCCGACUUUGCUGUGGGGUGGCCCUUGCUUCUGGGGCUCACUGGGAUCCCAUCACUAAUUCAGCUCCUUACACUGCCCUUUUUCCCCGAGAGCCCCAGAUACCUGCUGAUACAAAAGGGCAAUGAAGAACAAGCACGACAAGCUCUGCAGAAGCUGAGAGGCUGGGAUGAUGUGGAUGAUGAGAUAGAAGAAAUGCGCCAAGAAGACCGCUCAGAAAAGGAAGAAGGCCAUUUCUCUGUACUCAGCCUGUGCACCUUCAGAGGCUUGCGGUGGCAGCUCAUCUCUAUCGUUGUCAUGAUGAUGGGCCAGCAGCUCUCUGGGGUUAAUGCGGUCUUCUACUACGCGGACAGAAUCUUCCAGUCGGCAGGUGUGGACAAGAGCAAUGUUCAGUACGUCACUGUGUCAAUAGGUGCCAUCAACGUCGUCAUGACUUUGCUUGCUGUUUUCAUUGUGGAAUCCCUAGGGAGGAGAAUCCUUCUCCUUGCUGGCUUUGGGUUGUGCUGUGUCUCCUGUGCAGUGUUAACUUUGGCCCUCAAUCUCCAGACCACCGUCUCGUGGAUGUCUUACCUCAGCAUAGUGUGUGUCAUUGUUUACAUCAUCGGGCAUGCCAUCGGCGCCAGUCCAAUUCCCUUUGUGAUGAUCACCGAGAUGUUCCUGCAGUCAUCCCGGCCCGCUGCGUUCAUGGUGGGUGGGUCUGUGCACUGGCUAUGCAACUUCACCGUGGGGCUUGUGUUCCUCUACAUGGAGGCUGGACUGGGGCCGUACAGCUUCCUCAUCUUCUGUGCCAUCUGCCUCGCCACCAUAGUUUACAUCUUCUUCAUUGUUCCUGAGACAAAGAACAAAACCUUCAUGGAAAUCAACAGGAUCAUGGCCAAGAGGAACAAGGUGGAGAUCCAGGAUGACAGAGAAGAGCUUAAGGAUUUCCACACCGUCCCACAUGGGCAGGCAGGGGAGAAGGGAACCUCCAGCAGCAAGCUGUGA